AUGUCAAAAUGGGAGGUUGUGGGAGGUGCUGAUAAAGGAGGCAUCUUAGUGCGAAAAGGCCAAGAUUUGAAGUCGGAGCAGCUGGUGGACCGCCACUCGGCAAGGAAGGACUUUCCACUGGCGCCUUGGUCUUCCCCCUUGUUUACACGUGCAGUGGUUGGGCAUCGCAAGUUGAUUCGACGGUUGACCACGGGCUCCAAAGCAGACAUUUCCGGCCUCAUCGAAGCAGAGUUUGAUCUCUGCGCAGAAGCCAUGAAGAAGUUGGGAACGCCGAAGGCUGUGCGCAACUUCUUCGAUGGAGGCAAUCGCAGAGGGGAAAUCGGUGAGUUCAAGGAGGAGCUGAACCACAACAACAAAGACCGAAAGAAGGAGGCCCUGAAGAAAGUCAUUCAAGCAAUGACCUUGGGCAACGACGUCUCGUCGCUUUUUCCAGAUGUUGUCAAAUGCAUGCAGACCAACAGCUUGGACCUCAAGAAAUUGGUCUACCUGUAUGUGAUCAACUAUGCCAAGGCGCAGCCAGACUUGGCAAUCCUCGCCAUCAACGCUUUCCGCACGGAUGCGAACGACCCGAACAAUCCUCUUCUGCGUGCUCUGGCUGUGAGGACCAUGGGCUGUAUCCGCCUGGAGAAGAUGACAGAGUACCUGAUCGAUCCCCUGCGGAGGAGUUGCAGAGACAUGGACGCUUGGGUUCGCAAAACUGCGACCAUCUGCAUUGCCAAGCUCUACGACAUCAACCCAGAGCUGGUGGAAGAUCAGGGCUUUCUGGACAUCUUGAGGGACAUGCUCGGAGAUUCGAACCCGAUGGUCGUUGCCAAUGCAGUGGCCUCCCUUGGUGAAAUCUCCACAUCUGCGCGGAAGAACUACCUGAAGCUCGAUGAGGAGGUGAUCUCUCGGCUUCUUCCGGCCCUCAACGAGUGCUCGGAAUGGGGGCAAGUCUUCAUCUUGGACGCGCUGGCCACCUACGAUCCACCGAACUCAAAGGUGGCAGAAGCCAUCUUGGAAAGAGGUGUCAUUGCCCGACUCACUCAUGGCAACAGUGCCGCCGAAGGCUCAGCCGUCAAGGUGAUCAUGAAGUUCAUGGACCGCCUGUCCAGCAACGACUUAGUGCGGACGCUGUGCAAGCGAAUGACAGCACCGCUGGUCACAAUGCUGUCCGCAGAACCAGAGAUUCAGUACGUGGUGAUGCGCAACAUCAACCUCAUUGCACAGAAGCAACCCAACAUUCUCCAGACGGAUGUGCGAAUGUUCGUGUGCAAAUACAACGACCCGCUCUACGUAAAGCUUGAGAAGAUAGCUGUGAUGGUGCAGCUGGCCUCCGACCGGAACAUUGACUCUGUCCUCUCCGAGUUCGUCGAGUAUGCCUCAGAGGUGGACAUCGAAGUCGUUCGCCAGUCGGUCCGAGCGAUUGGCCAGGCAGCAAUCAAGCUCGAACGGUCUGCAGAGCAAUGCGUGAAUUGCUUGCUGGAGCUGAUCAAGACUCGGGUCAACUACGUGGUUCAGGAGGCCAUCGUAGUUAUCCGGGACAUUUUCAGGAAGUAUCCUGGCCAGUACGAGAUGAUCAUCUCGGAGCUGUGCCAAAGCCUGGAUAGCCUGGAUGAGCCCGAUGCCAAGGCGUCCAUGAUCUGGAUCGUCGGGGAGUAUGCCGAAAGAAUCGACAACAGCGGGGACCUCCUAGAGACCUUCCUGGAAACCUUCCACGAGGAGCCCUCCACUGUGCAGCAGCAAAUCCUGACUGCGACGGUGAAGAAGUUCGUGAAGAGCCCCCAGGACUCCCGGGAGCUUGUGGGGCGUGUUCUGAAGCUGUGCACAGACGAAAGCACCAACCCUGAUCUGCGAGACCGUGGAUGGAUGUACUGGAGGCUGCUUAGCAACAACCCGCAGCUAGCAAAGCAGGUUGUCCUCAGUGAAAGGCCGACCAUCAGCGAAAAUUCCUUCGCUCUGCAGCCGCGGGUGCUGGACCGCCUCAUUGCAAACAUCUCAACGCUGGCAUCCGUCUACCACCAGGUUCCCGAGGCCUUCUGCGACAACAACCGCGGAGCCCGGCAGGUGGAAGAGAACGAUGACUUCGAGGACUACUCUGAAACCAUCGAGCGCGUCGAGCAAGAGAUCCAGCAGACCGGAAGGUAUGAAGAGGAGUCCGGCGAUGAGGCAAGUGAGGACAGCAGCGCGAGCUCGAGCAGCGGGGACACCCCCGACCGCAACAAGAGAGGUGCCCCGGCCGCUGCCCCAAGUGCAGGAGCUGGUGCAGGCCCUCCUCCGCCGCUGCGCCCCCUGGCGCAAGUGCUCUCGGAGCAGACUCCGGGAGAGGGCGGAAAGCGAGGUCUCAGAGUGGCUGCAGCUGUUGUUCGCGGCAACGGUGGGGCCAUUAACAUGCAGCUAAUGGUCGGAAACUUCACCCCCCAACCCAUGGGCGGCUGGGCUGUGCAGUUCAACAAGAACCCUUUCGGCCUGGCACCUCCGAGCGGACCGCUGCAGAUGGAGCAGGCACCGCCAAUUCUAGGUGUUAUGUAUGAGUCUGAGCCUCUGGGUGGGUAUAUAUGUACCUGCUAUGUCAUAUAA